CAGAAAAGUUCGUUAUUUAACUUAAACCAGCAAAAUGAUUAAGCGAAGUCUAAUCUUACUUUUUUGUAUUUUUAGUUUUAGUUUUGGGUAUCAAUUAAAACAGUAUGUAUCGUUUAAUUUUAAGCAACAAUUAGGAUGUGUUAUAGCCGCAUUGUCACAAAAUGACACCAGUGGAUACAGUGAUAACUACAGUGGAAAGUUAAAUUGUGUGGCUUCGAAUGUGGUUCAACUACCAUCUGGACUAUUAGAAGCGAACAUUUUCAUGGAAUCAACUUCAGAUAAUGAUACAAUCUCUGUACUAGUGUUCGAAGAAAACGAUGAAAUAGUAGGCAAAGCCGACAUCACUGUUUCAAAAACUGAUAUUAAAAAUGGACUUCACACACUUCAUAUGAGAGUUCCCGAAAUGACAGGUUAUGUUGUCCUCAUGGCGCGAACUGCACUAAAAACAAAAACCUUGGUUGAUUCAGUUUACGUCUUACUAGAUAAUCCAUUGGAACAUGCUAUAAAUAGAAAUGAUAACAUCCACUUUACAAUAUCGCCUUUUGACGGAGUUUCUGGAAUUACUUUACCUACAAUAUCAAUUCCAACUCCGUCAACUGCCGCAACCACAACGACUGAAGAACCUACGACCACAGAGGAGCCAACACCAGUUUCAUCAACGACUACAGAGGUGCCAACAACUAUUUCAUCAACAACCACAGAAGAGCCAACAACUGUUUCCUCAACGACCACAGAAGAACCAAUUACUGUUUCAUCAACUUCUACAGAAGAAGCAACUACUGUUUCCUCAACGACCACAGAAGGGCCAACAACUGUUUCAUCAACAACCACAGAAGCGCCGACAACUGUUUCUUCAACAACCACAGAAGGGCCGACAGCUGUUUCAUCAACGACUACAGAAGAACCAACAACUGCUUCAUCAACGACCACAGAAAGGCCAACAACUGUUUCAUCAACGACUACAGAAGAACUAACAACUCUUUCAUCAACGACCACAGAAGAACCAACCACUUCACUAUCUACUACGGUAGAAGAGCCAAUAUCUCCACCAUCAACUACAACGGAUAUCACGGACACCACACCCACCACAAUAGAUCCCACAUCAGAAACUACAAAAGUGACACAGAUAGAAACUACGACAGUUACUUCAGAUCAAUCUACAUCCGCAACCGAGACUAUAGUAACUACAACUAAAACCCCUGAGAUUGCUGAUCAUCCGAAGUUGAACGGAUUCAUAAUAGCAAUAAUAGUUAUUAGCUCUGUUGUUGCUUUAGUCGGUAUAGUAGUUAUUAUCCGAAUUUGUGUUUGUUCUAACAAAGCAUAUAAUUUUAAUGAUACUAGAAACAUCGUAUAGUUAGUAUAUAAUAGUUAUUUAAUAGUCUGUUCACACGCAGGACACGCAAUUAGAUUCUGUGGAUAAAAAAAAAUCUCUUUUUGAAGUAGCUAUAUAUAUCCAUAUAUAUAAAAAUCAAUUGCUGUUCCUUUGUCUCGCUAAAACUCGAGAACGGCUGAACGGAUUUAUCUUAUCUUGGUCUUGAAUUAUUCGUGGAGGUCUAGGGAAGGUUUAAAAGGUGAGAAAAUAUCAAAUAAUUGACGGAAAGCCCUAAAAACAGCCCUUUUCUUUAUCCCAUACAAACGUUUUCUAACUAAUACGUAGAGUCAAUUUGAGCUUUAUUGCUAUUGGAUAAAGUUCAUUGUUGGAUAAAUGCUAUUGGAUACUAAAAAACAAAUGCUAUUGAAUAAGUGUGCGUUGGAGACUUGGAGCACAGAAUCCCUACUAAUAUUAUAAAUGCGAAAGUAACUCUGUCUGUCUGUAAUUACGCUUCCAAGCCUAAACCAGUGAACCGAUUUUGAUGGAAUUUAGAACUGAGAUAGAAUAGACCUUGAUACUUUUUAUUGCAAAAAAUAGCGGAGAAUGGGUAAAAAUAAGGGAUAAAUGGUCAUAAUAUGGAAAUUCGUCAUUUUAAAGGCUGUAACAGUAAAACUUUGUAUUUAGAUACUUAAUGAGGAACGAAAGAACAUAGUCUACUUUUUAUUGCAAAAAAAUAGGGGAGAGUGGGUAAAAAUAGGGGAUGAAUGGUCAUAUGGAAAUUCGUCAUUUUUACAGCUGUAACAGUGAAAUUUUGUAUUUAGACACUUAAUAAGGAGCGAAAGAACUUAGGCUACUUUUUAAUAAAAAGGGUAGAAGGCGUAGUAUGUUUGAUAGAGGAGAUUAAUGUUUGCUUGAAAAUUCGUCAUUUUCGUUAAUACGUUGCCUGUGGCUUCACUCGCGUUCGAUUCUUAUUUAAAUACACAUAUACUUAUUUAAAUCGCCAAUAUCCCUACUACCAUACUAAUGUUAUGAAUGCGAAAGUAAUCCUGUUUGUGUUGAGGUUACGCUUGCACGAAUGUUUUUUUUUUUUUGGAAUAUAACAACGAAACAAUGUAUUUUUUAUUGAUAGGCAAUAUAUAGGAAAUUAAA